UUGCCCGAAAUUCAUGAGUAAUUUUUUGUUUGGUUGCCGAGAAAAGCAAGUUCGGUAGAACCUACAAAUGCAAAUUUUACUCGCUUCACGGCUGAGCCCUAGAUUUUCAACACUCAAAAUCCAAACAUAGAAAUGCGGUAUACGUGACAGCGCUGUGAGGAGAUAUGACAACUGCUGCUCGACCCACAUGGGCACCUGCGAAAGGCGGUAACGAGCAAGGCGGUACUCGGAUUUUUGGUCCAUCCCAGAAAUUUUCAUCGAGAGACCUUGCGGCUCAUACAAAUUUAAAACCAAGAAAGGAAGGGCAAGACACCCAGGAUGAGUUGCAGAAGAGGAACCUCCGUGAGGAGCUCGAAGAUCGUGAGCGGAGGCAUUUCUCAUCAAAGGAUAAGUCCUAUAUUGAUGACAGAGAUCGCAGGAGGGGAAGCCAUCUCCUAUUGGAAGGGACAAAGAGGGACGCUGAAGAUCGUAUUGUUCCACGUAAUGUAGAUGCCGAUGAUUCUGAUGUGGAAGUAAAAAGUGAUGAUGAGAGUGAUGAAAGCGACGAUGAUGAGGAUGACGAAGCAGCUCUGAUACUUGAGCUUGAGCAAAUAAGGAAGGAAAGAGCAGAGGAGAAGCUACGGAUGGAGCGACAACAGCGGGAGGAAGAGCUUAAAGUUAAGGAAGCAGAGCUUCUUCGGGGAAACCCACUGAUAAAUAAUCCAACAUCUUUUAACGUGAAAAGAAGGUGGGAUGAUGAUGUGGUGUUUAAGAAUCAGGCCCGUGGUGAAACCAAGACUCCGAAGCGCUUCAUUAAUGACACCAUCAGGAAUGACUUCCACCGGAAAUUCCUGCAUAAAUACAUGAAGUAGUAUAUUGUUCAAAUCUUGAGUGUAGAAGCCUGAGUAAUGUUGGAGUCUAAAGAAACCUGUGAUAUGUAAUGAUUUCAGCAGGUGCAGGAUGUACUUCUUUCUCAUUAGCACUGUGAUAUGCAAUGAUUGUAUGUACCAAAAUAUAGCAAAUUGCUGUGCUGGAUAUGGAUUUGGUUAUUGUUCAUUUAGAUUAUGAAAUAUAUGUUGGCAAGAGUUGUUUAUCUUUUGAAUUGGGAUAUGUAAGCUGCAUAUAAUGACUGCCUUUACAGUUGUGUUGUCUCCAACACUUGGCCUUCUGAUAGGUCUUCCCCAAUACAUGCCUGAGUUUUAUGUCUCAA